UCCACCGCUUGUCCUGUACCCGCGCGAUGCCCGUGCCACGGACAGCUUGAACAAAAAAAAAAUCUGGGUGCCCGGUGCUGAGAAAAUUAUCAUUUUCUCCUCUCUCUCUCUCUCACUCUCCCCCACCCACUCACUCACUUCACAUCACGAGCUUCCAGCGCUGAGGAAAAAGGUGCGUCUCGAUCUCAUCUUCUUCCCACGACAACCCAUUUCAAUCAACCCAAGGAAAGGCAAUUCACCUGGCUUUGGGCAUACGUCUUCUAUUUUGAAUUCUCAGACAAUGGGAACAACAUCCAACCGCUUGGAAGGUAAGAUUGCUCUUAUAACGGGUGGUGCUUCUGGGCUCGGUGAAAGCAUUACUCGCCUCUUUCGGAGCCACGGAGCAAAGGUUUGUGUUGCUGAUAUACAAGACGACCUUGGCCAAAAUGUCUGCGAAUCUCUCGGCGGUGAAUCCUAUGCCUGCUUCAUACACUGUAAUGUCACAGUCGAAGAUGACGUCCAACAUGCUGUCGACUUCACAGUGGAAAAUUUUGGCACCAUAGAUAUCAUAGUCAACAAUGCUGGAAUAACUGGAAACAAGGUGACAGACAUCAGAAAUGUCGACUUCAAUGAAUUCAAGAAGGUCUUUGAUGUGAAUGUGAACGGCGCAUUUCUUGGUAUGAAACACGCUGCUCGUGUCAUGAUACCAAAAGGCAAGGGCUCGAUAAUAUCCAUAGCCAGCGUGGCGAGCGUGAUAGGUGGCUUGGGCCCUCAUGGGUACACGGGUUCCAAGCACGCAGUUGUGGGGCUCACCAAGAACGUGGCGGCUGAGCUCGGAAAGCAUGGGAUACGCGUGAACUGUGUUUCGCCUUAUGCAGUCCCCACAAGUCUCUCAAUGCCACAUUUGCCUGAGGACGAGAAGGGAGAGGAUGCUCUAAAGGGUUUUUUAUCGUUUGUAGGGCGAAAUGCUAACUUGAAGGGUGUGGAUUUGAUGCCGGAGGAUGUAGCAGACGCCGUGCUCUUCUUGGCGAGCGAUGAAGCUAAGUAUAUCAGUGCUCAGAAUCUGAUGAUUGAUGGGGGAUUCACUAGUAUCAAUAAUUCCCUCAAGCCUUUUGAGUGAAGCUGCAUGUCAGUUGUGGUUGUUUGAAUUCACAAAUGUCAUUUCUAUUUCCAAAGAGAAUAUCGUAAUAUUCGGUCAUUAAACUCAGCAUCUUCUUUCAUUAAAAUUUCAUGAGAUACUGAUCUUUUUCUCUUGAUAUAAACAUGGUGGUUGCCUUGAUAA